CUUUAUAAUUUUACUUAGAUACGGUCACUUUAACUCAGAACGUGUUCGUGACAUUACAAAAGUUUUCGAGAAGCAGAUCUAAUUUGUGUUAAAAAAAAUGGACAACGAAUUGGUGCUGGAAUUGGAAAUCGAUGAUAUGAAGGACCUAUUGAUACCAAAUGAUUCUGACCAAGAGGAUGCAAUUGCUGGAACUAUUCCGCUCGCAGAUGAUUUGAAGAAAAAUGCAAUGGAUUGUAAUACGCCCGACAAGCCAUUAGAAUCUGAGUCGGAUUUAACCGAUGACGUUGCCAUGGUAACCAGCGACUCUAAGAAGCAAAAGAAAAAGAAGCGUGCCCAAAAGGCCACUAGUCGCCUUGUUCGCCCGUUGACCAUGGACGUGACCUCCAAGGAUGCCCUUCUGAUUUUGUACGAGUUAAAGGGCGUGACAAUCGACUCCAUGCUAAUGAAACGAGACCACGAGGGGAAGAUUUUGGCUCACAUUGUUGUUAACUCAAAGAAAUACGAGUCAGAGGGCUCUUCAGUAAACGCAGCAAGGAAUGCAGCUUGCGAGAAGGCUCUGCGGGAAAUCCUAACCUCCAAAAUGAAAGCUCUGUCGGCCGAGCCAGAAAAGAAUUCGGGAAGCGAUGGGGAUGAUAUACUCGAAAAGAUGGCCUCCUAUGCCGUUUACAAACUUUCUGAGGAAUGGAAGACCGAUGCUAUUGAUGUCGCAGCCCUGUUUAAUGACGUAAAGAAGAAGCUGGCGACUGUCGUCCAGCCAAAGACGUCGUCGACAGACAGGCAGUUGCCCCAAAAAUGGAAGAAUAUGCACCCUUGCAUGGUUCUGGUCUAUAUGCGCCCCCAGAUCAUCUUCAAAUAUUUAGGUUGCUCUGAUAACGGUAAAAUUUUCUCCAUGGGCGUAUCCGUGGACAAUUGCGAGUUUAGUGCUUCUGGGCUAUCCAAAAAAGGAGCACGCUCCAAACUAGCCGCAAUAGUUUGUAACAAACUGUUUGGAACCGACUAUCCAGAAAUAUAAGCGAAAAUAUCACAUGUAUCUGAGCUCCGCCAUUGUUAGCACAAUAAACUAUACGAAAUACUAUCUCAUGUUCAAUCAACCAGUAGAACGCGUAAUAAAAUGAUUUGAGAACAUUAUAAAA